AUGCAACCGAAUACUCAUGAUGGUGGUGGCGGAGAAGGUCCUCCAACCCAAGCCAAAGAACUUUCCAUUGUAGAUCGGUCCUUUCUAGAAGUUUUAAAAAGAGAAUUCAAUAUCACGAAAGGUUUGGAAGAUUUCUCCACGCAACAAUUAGCAUCUCUUGUUCGGGUGUUGAGGCUCAACAAAUUUGAUUCAUCGUCAUCAUCAGAAUCUCCGAGUACUCGUUUCCAACCAUCACAAGGCUCAGCAUCUCCCAACAAGAACAACCAUCUGCACAGUAAUAAUACUCCUCCUACAACGUUGUUUAAUAAUAAUCUUUCAUCAUCCACCAACAACAAUGGUGGUUUUCAAACUCCCCAAAAGAAUGCAACAAGAAGAAGAAAUCCAUCCUCAAGCUCAUCAUCAAUUUCUUCUUCUGGCUCGUCGUUAUCAACCGGAUUUGACAAUAAGAGCAACAAGACGAUUCCUCUUUCUUCUCCCUCGUACAAACGAUCUCAUUCGGAUUUGGUGAAACCAGAAUCUAUUGAAGUUUUGGAUGCGGACGAUGAUGUAGAGUUUGUAGGAGCUUCUUCUUCAUCCAUUGAUGGACACAGCAGUACUCCUCCAAAGAAACCCAACACGAAUCAACAUUCUCCCUAUAAUCAACAAGGUAGUGGUCAAUUAGCUCAAAAUAACAUGUCACCACCUUCGGGCACACCUCCACGCCCAUCCUCUCAACAAGACAUUCUCUCAAGUCUUGCAACGAAUCCUCCCAUUGCAAUGACUCUGGCAGCUCAGCAACAUGGUAUUGAUCCAGUUUCGUUUAUGGCAGCCAUGCAACAAGCACAACAGCGAGCUCCACAGAAUUUAUCAUCACAACAAUCACCUGUUUCGUUUUCUCCCACUACAGCAAGUGUGCCUUUUGCAUCUCUUUUGCUGACAUCGCCUACGGGACCCAUGUCGUUGCAUAAUGCAGAAAUUGCAAGAAAACAACGAAAAUUGGAAAAGAAAGCAGCUAAAGAAUCUCCCAAUACUUCUAGUACAGCCUCAACACCAUCCUCGUCCAAUGCUGAACAUUCCAAUAAUCACAAUGGAACCGCUGCUUCUACUCCAUCAUCGUCGACAAUGUCAACACCGACAAAAACAGAAUUCACAUUUGUGGACCAUUCAACACCAUCUUCUUCCACUUCUUCAACUAAGACACCACGCAAAAAAUCCAAAAAGAAAGAAAAGGAAGCCAAAAUCGAAUCCUCAACAUUAAGCGCAACAACUCCACCACGAAAUGUUUCAUCACCCCUUACUGCUACGACGACAUCGUCACCAUUUGGUUCUCCCAUAGGUUCCCCUCUAGGGUCUCCAUUUACGCCAUUAUCACAAUCAUCUCCUUUUCCAUCGGCAUCAUCUUCACAAGCGUCCUCACAACCAAUCAUGAACGAAGCACUGUUGCUAUCAUUAGAGAGUGCAGGUGAAAAACGAAGUGCUCGAUUUGUUCCCCAAUGUAGUUCUAAAAUUCUUGAUCGAAUCAAUAGGGCCUUGAAGCAAAGACUCUUCCUUAUUGACAGAAAGGAUAGAAAUGGAAAUAGGUCAGAAAAAUUUAUCGUGCUAGGUUCAACUGGAAAUGUUUACGAAGUUUCAAUUUGUGAAAAGCCAACCUGUAAUUGUCCUGAUUUCAAAAGAGGCAAUUUAUGCAAGCAUAUCUUAUUUGUAUAUCUUCGGGUUUUAAGAGUAUCUGCAACAUCCUACAUCAUCUACCAAAAGGCGUUACUGUCUGCAGAAUUGGAAAGUGUUUUCUUGUCUGCACCUCCAGUUCUUUCACAUACACUCAAGGCUGAUGAAAGAGUUAUUGAUCGAUACAAACAACUUUCUCAGGGCACUGUUUCAGAACAAGAAAUUGUGAUUGGUAGUCAAAGAAAAACACUCAUAGGAGCCUCUUGUCCAAUUUGCUACGAAGAAUUCAAAAGUGGAAAAGAAAAGACAGACUGUUGUUUGGUGUGUGGACAUAAUGUGCAUGAUGAAUGUCUCAAUGCCUGGAAGAAAUUUGACUCGAAUUACAAAUGUCCUGUUUGCAAGACAGCCAAACUUGGAAAAGAUCAACAAAAUGUGCUUGCUACCUCUGAAGGAUAUGCAAAUCUUUCUCAAUAUCAACCAAAUAUCAAUAGAUAUCGAUGA